AUGUCUACAACACCGGAAGACACCAAGGUCGACAGCACCACAACCCCAACCCUCAACUCUAACCAAGAGCCCCCAAGUGCGUUCUUACGUCCACUCAGGCCCAGCUGCCGUCACUUCCCCUACCUGCAUCCUAACAACCCGUCAGACACUUCUUCCACCACACAAGCUCAACAACAACAGACGGGGAUUCUCCACGACGAGUCCAUCCCCGUCGCGACCAAAUUCUCCCGCCUCGCCGAGCAACACGAGUCGACCGAACGUGCGCGCAGCAGGAGCCGGGGACCUGACCCGUUGGAUGGAGAGGUGAGGCGUUCGAGUGCGGCAGAUGUGAGGCGCUCGAGUGUGUGGAGUCAGGAUAAGGAGAAGAAGCAGAGGAGUAAGGUGCAGAAGUUGAUGGAUCAUCAUUGGGUGCCGGAUUUCUUGAAAUAG